UUGCUAGAAAAUAAUAUUUUUUGUAGGUCUUUUAUUUUUGUCAAUGUUGUAAUACUUCGGCAAAUAGGAACMGACYGCACAUUGAAGGCACRCAAUAUUUCGACAGUAUAUCCGUCACAAUGGAUUGCAAUCUAGGCAGCGAAAUUGGUCAGAAGAUGCGCAGUGCCGUAAAGGCGAAAUUACUCGAAUUGGGCACCGGUGGCUCUGCCGGCUUCAUUGACGACGAACUGCCAGAUUAUGUGAUGGUAAUGGUAGCGAACAAACGCACCAAACAGCAAAUGAAUGCCGAGCUAAAUCUAUUCCUCGGUGAUCAAACGGAUCUCUUUGUUACUUGGCUACAYGAAGUUCUUCAGAAGCUGCAGGAAGUCACGUUGCCAGCCCCGACUUCUAGCAGCAAAAAACGUAAGUCCCGUCAAGCAGAAGUGCCCAAGGCAAAGGACAAAGACAAAGAUAAGGACAAGGAGAAGGAUAAAAGAGCCAAAGACAAAAGAGAAAAAAGGKCACAUCGAAAAUCGGGAGAUGAGCUGCUUCAUACAACGGGCGAAGUUACGUCAAGAACUGACUCCAUGCCACCAAUUAGUUCCAUAACGGAUGUUUUUGCCGAGGAACUCCUAGAAAAAGCCAAAAAGACGCUCGAUAUCGAUGGCGCCCUGAAGGACGAGCUAUUGCUCAAAAAGAAAAAACGGAAAACUGUCGAAGACGAUGAGCAACCACAGCCUCAGCCACAGCCACAGACAAGAGAUCUACAGCCGACAUCAAAAGACUUUGAUUUACCCACAAUGUCGGAGAUAAGUUCAACUACCACAAGCGGCAAUCGGGAGAAGGAUAUAGCCGAAUUGGCUGAAAUACAACGAAAAAUUUACGCGGCAAAGCAGCAACUGCGUCAAAUUGGUGAGCUAGACGAUGAAACUGACGAAGAGGAACCCCAGCCGCCUGUCGACUAUACACCAAGUUUAAACGAGCCGAAGAAAGCUGUUGUCAACAACACGGCUCCAGUUACAGAAGAAGUCAACUCAUACUCGGGCAACUCAAGCACUCGCAGACCAAAGAGUCCCAUUGUGUUCAACAGGACGUCCGAGCAGGUGGUAGCUAGAGAAAAACCAAAAGCCCAAACUGAAGUAGAAGCACAGCAAAAGUCGAAGGACGAACACUUAGAGCGUCGCUCGGUGCACGAGCGAUUGGGUUGUAAACCCCACGCGCCACAAUCGCCACAGCUCUCGGAUCGUCCACAGCGAGCACAAAAAGAGGUAAAACUUUACGUUCCGGCCCAUCGGCGACGUAGUGAGCAAGAGCCAGAGGAAAGUAAGAAAUUAGAUCGUAGCAGAGAGCGCAGGGAACGUAACGAAGGUCAGACAGCCCAUCGGCGAGAUAGGGAGCGCGAAACCCUACACCGGCGACGAUCACCCAGUCGAAGUCCAAAGAGCAACAACUAUAAACAUCGAAUUGGUUCACGUGUUAUUGUGGCAGUUAAUAAGCCGCCGGAGCCAUCCGAUGAUGAGGACUUGCUGGAGAAGCCCGUUAAUUCGGUUAUCAAGAUCAAGCCACGACCACAUGUCUCUCCACGUCGCCAGGCUUGUAAGAAUCUGCUCUUGCGAGCUGUUGCCGAUGCCCAACGAUCGACAAUUUUGGCCAAAACAACGACCACUUCCAGUGGGUCCAAGCAUCGAGGCAACGAGGAUGAGCCAGAGAUCAUCAGCUCAACGCUGGGUAAGCGGCGCUCAAUUGAUUCAGCAGGAGACAGGCCUGGACGAGAGCUGUUCCGACGCAGCAGGAGAGAGCUAGUGGUAAAUGUGCUGCACAGAGAUCGCAAGCGGAUGCGUCCGUCAGUUGAGCCCCACUCGGAGGUCAAUGUGGCUGCAAAAGACGAUGUCGAGGAGGAGGAGUAUGUGCCUAGCUUGGGUGUUGGCGAAUAUGAGGCAUAUGUGCCGCAGCUAGUUCACAACACAAAGGAAUCGGACAUCGAUAUUGACAUGCAUGUGGAAAAAGAAGCGGUCAGCGUUGGGUGCUCAUCCGCCGCCUUGCCUAAAACUCAGUUUGUAGUGACGCUGAAUGGUGAUAAAUCUCUAGGAAACGCUGCCGCUGCAGCCUAUCGAAAGCGUCCACGCAAACGUACGCCCUCGCCCCAGGUGUCGUCGACCAGUUCGACAACACUGCAGUUAGCGAGCGUUGAGCCAACCUCAACGAUCUGCACUGCGACUUCCUCAACAAAUAGCAAUAAUAGACAGAACAAGGCAAAGCGAGCUCGCAGCAAUUCGCGGUCAUCGCCUUCCACUUCGAGCAAUACGCCGCCGCCAAAGCCAUCGCGAAGCCUGCGUCGGAGUGAGGUGCUGCGACAAACGCAGGAAAUCAAAAAGAUCAUCAUCAAGAACGACGCCGAUGAUGAUGACGAYGACGAGCAGAUGCCUGCAUCUCCGCGAAAACGUUCAUCUAGCAAACGGCUAAGCAGCACCUCCAACCAGGCCGCCCCCUCAUCRAAUGACCAUAAAUCGGAUUUGAAAGAGCAGCUAGAGGAAAACAAUCGGUCAACGACGCCACCACUACCUCCGAAGCUGUUGGAAAAACGUAACAUUAGCCGGGAG